CAUUGAUUCUCACAUCUCCUAAAUUUCCUGUCCACGGUAAGAAAUUUAGACAAAUUGUUAAGACGAUUUUAUCCUAAAAGAAGGUUAAUCAAAUCACCCUCAUACAUUUCUCUCAUCCCGAAUAGAAUCAUUUCAAGAUUCAUAGCUUAACAAUCGUAGAAUGGAUUAGGAUCUUCAUCUUCAUCAAAAACUCAAAAAAAAUGGAUCAGAAAAACAAAAACUCAAAAAAACCUAAAUAUUCAAAAUUCUCACAACAAGAACUUCCCGCAUGGAAACCAAUCUUAACCCCGGGAUGGGUGAUCACAACGUUCAUAAUAAUCGGUGCACUUUUCAUCCCAACCGGGCUUUUAGCCCUUGCGGCAUCUGAUAGUGUGGUUGAAAUCAUUGACCGUUAUGAUGAAGCAUGUAUCCCCGAUGCCUAUACUCAAAAAGCUGAGUCAUAUAUUCAAAACCCUAAUGAAAAGAAAACGUGCACACGGACUAUAAGAGUACCAAAAAAGAUGGUUGCCCCAAUCUUCGUAUAUUAUCAGCUAGAGAACUUUUAUCAGAAUCAUCGUCGAUUCGUGAAAAGCAAAAGUGAUAAACAGUUGCGAGACCCACAGGCCGAAGGCGACACACAAAAUUGUUUCCCGAUAGAUUACACUACCGAUAAUAAACCGAUUGUUCCUUGUGGACUUAUUGCUUGGAGUUUGUUUAAUGACACUUAUAAAUUAUCGUCCCGAGGCAAAGCGAUAGACAUUGAUAAGAAGGGCAUUGCGUGGAAAAGUGACAUGGAAGCCAAGUUUGGUUCGGAUGUGUAUCCAAAAAAUUUCCAAAAUGGACCCUUAAUCGGUGGCGCGAAGCUAGACGACAGCAUACCAUUGAGCAAGCAAGAAGAUCUUAUAGUUUGGAUGAGAACCGCAGCGUUACCCAAGUUUCGAAAGCUAUACGGGAAAAUAAACACUGAUUUAGACGCACACGAGACGAUCACUGCCGAAGUUGAGAACAACUACAACACGUAUCGAUUUGGCGGAAGAAAAAAGCUUGUCCUUUCAACAACUACAUGGAUUGGUGGCAAAAAUGAUUUUCUAGGGAUCGCGUAUAUUUCGGUUGGUGGUUUAUGUUUAUUUAUGGCAAUAAACUUCAUACUUCUAUACGUCUUCCGCCCACGACGCCUCGGAGAUCCAUCGUAUUUGUCAUGGAACAGACAACCGAUCGUGUGAUCCCCCCCAAUUAUAGCAGUAUACUUUCAGUUUCUUUUUCUUAUUAGGACAUUAUACUUAUGAAAAAUAUAAACCCUAGCAUAUUUUGUACUCGGAUGACAUCGUUAUAAUCUAAUAGAUUUUUCAAACUACAACAUAGCGAAUACUCACUAAUCAAC